AUGCGUUAUAUACGUGCUUCGUUUGUUCACCUUGUAAGGCGGCUAGCUAUGAAUCAGGCUGGCAAUACAGCCCGUAGGCUCGUCUUUGUCGGCAGCCAUUUGGAGCCUUGUCUGAUUCAGGGGGAGUUUCCUAUUCCUAAGUUGAAAUCUGGAGAAAUCCUUGGGAAGUUUCGAAUGGCAACGAUAUGUGGGUCAGAUUUGCACACAAUCAGUGGCAGAAGAAAAGAAGUAGUUCCUAGGUCUGUUUACUUAUUUUGGCCCCUUAUUUUCAUUGAUUUUUAAUGUUCAAAUUUCUCUUUAAUGACGGAGGCCUACUUAGAGAUUGGGGGAGGGAUAGGUAUGUCCAUACUAUAUUCCUACCACGUAUUCCAUGAGAAUCUGUUUACCGUGAGAUUUUUGUACGUCAUCGUGAGACCGCGAGAUUGCCCUCAAAAUCGUGAGUCUCACAGCAAAAUUGUGAGACUUGAAAGGUCUGUAACAGGGCCUCACCCUGUAGGGUGCUUUCCAUGAUACCAACAUUUUAAAUUUUGGUCAAAACGCAAGUGCAGGAAUACAUGGAUGUUUGUCUCAAUGGAUAAAACAAUGCUGUUCCAUUUUCAGUGGUCCCUGACUGAUUGCUUGAUAUAAUAGAUUGCAUCCCUUUGAGUUGGUCUCUAUUAAAUCAGUUUGCCAGUCAGGCACUGCCCCAAGACAGCAACAGGCUUAGUGCCAAACCCUGAAUUAUGUACAUUUAUGCAAAGUUGACAAGAGUUGACAGUUCAGUGAUUUUGGUGGGUGUUAAGAAUGGGGUCAAUGAUUAGUACAGUAGUGCAAAAUCAAUCUUGUGAUGAUAGAUUUAAAGGAUUAUUGGAGCUGGUUGGUGGAAUCUUUCUAAAUUAAAAUGAAGAAAAAAAUCAGUUUCAGGGAAGUUUAGCUGAUGCUUGGACUCCUGAUGACUUCAAAAGAUGUUUUUAAGUGGCUGAUGAACGGAAACUCUUGCUACACAUGCUAGCCUUCCCCCACCAAUCGCUCCCCCAAUCAAACUCCUUGAUCUACUCUAACCUUAACCUUUCUCUCCCCUCCCCCUCCCCCUCCAUUCCCCUUUUUUGCUCUCGUCCCAAUUUUCUCAACAAACUCGUGUGGAAAUGCUUGCUACGCAGGCUAGGGGAUAGCAAGUCGUACCUCAAAGGAAAGGGAAUCUGAGGUAUGAGGAAGGAAGGUUAUCCUGGGAUAACAAUGGGAGUGGGAGUGCAUGGUACUUGCAGAUCCUCCUUCGAUCAUAUUCACUGCAACUGAUAAGCAAAACAUCUGGUUUGGAAAGAAGAGGAUGGUUUCACAUAAAAAUUGAUCUAAGACACUUGUGAACAUUGUUUUAUUUUAGCUAGAGCAUGAAACUUGCAAUUCAACUAUUUUUUAAUUAUUUUAUAAGAAUAUUUUGCUGAUAAUUUCUUGUAGCAUUCUUGGACAUGAGGGUAUCAUAGAGGUCAUCGACCACAUGCGUCCCUCAAGUGCCAAGCUGAAGAAGGGUGACAGACUGACAUUUCAUGUUGUUAACUGUUGUGGUGAGUGUGAACGCUGUAAAGAUGGUCUACAACAAAAAUGUCUCUCCUUGUUCAAGGUGAGAUCCUUUAGUAAUAUAAUGCUCAAUGUCAGAUCCUGAGUUAGUUUUUUUUUUCCUGAGAGUGUUCUGAGGAAAAAAAAUUACAUUAUCAAUUAACUGGUUUCCCAAGGGACUUGGCGUUAAGUGUUUUGUUAUUUCCCUGACUUUGUUUUCAAUGGCAAUAAAGGAUAAAAAGUUAACGAAAACAAUGUUGGUACAUAGUAGCACAAAUGUAAAGGGACAGGUUCACCAUUCAGCACAUGCUCAUUUAUCACAAUGCUGUUUUUCUGCCAGGACAUGUCACUUGUACUUGAUCAACUUAAAUAUUUGCAAAUAGCUGUAAAUUAAUCAACCAUGGAAUAAAACCUUCGGGUCAACAAUAAAUUAAAAGUUCAUAGUGUUGGCAUAAUCCACUGAUGUUUUUGGCGAUUUUAGUACUCCUCCAUCCUACUUCAGGUUACCCUGAAAUACACUUCUACUUUGAUAUGCACUCUGAGAUCACUGAAAUACAUGUGUGUGGGAUUAUUAACCAAUUCGAAGUUAGAAAUAAAAAAUUGGAAAAACAUAAUUUAAUUAAUGAGCAUGUGCUGAACUGUGAACCUGACCCUUUAACUAUCAAAACCACUAGAUGAAUGAUUUGCAAGUAGAAUGAAAGAGUAGUCUCAAUACUGAGAAACAUUAAAAGCUAAAACGCUACGGAGAAGAGAAGGUUGGAGGCAGAAGAUCAGAGAUGAGGUGUACAGAGAGGUAGGAAGUGGGAGAGAAGGCUUUGGGAAGCAGCAGGAGAGCCAUGGAUAGGAACCAAGAGAGAAGGAUAAAAGGGAAGGAGGGAUAUAAACCAGGUGAUGAGCAGGUGGGAAGUAAUUGAGAGAAGAGUUAAUGUAAGUUGUGAAAAUGGAACGUGGUCAAAAGUAGAGUGUAGGAAACAGGAAAGAAUAGUAAUGGAACCACUUUGUAGUAUGCAGUGCUGUAGUGAUGAGAACGAGGAGAUGAAGGGGUUGAAGCAUGGGAGAAAGGGAACCAAGAGAGAAGGGAUUGCUGGAACCAGCAGAGGAGUGUGUGUCAGGACUAAAGAAGACAAUGGUCUUUCAUUGGCAUCACUUUUUUUUAGUAUGGUCAUGCUCCCAUGACAAGUGAUUCCCAACUGAAUGGAUGUUAUGCAUCACAUAUCAUCCUCCACAGUGGAACACAUGUUUCAAAAAUCCCUGACCAUGUUCAAGACAGAAUAGCUUCUCCUGUCAACUGUGCACUGGCAACCAUGGUUAAUGCAGUGUCUGGACUUGAUGGCAGAAACCCUCAUCGUGAAACAAGUGCUGUCAUUCAGGUAUGAGAAUGGUAUAUAAACUGCCUGGUAGACUGAUAUCAUUUGUACAUACUGGUACCAAGAAUGUGCUUUUGAAUUAUUAGCAAUCCAUUUUUUAAAGAGAAGUAGAGGACUGAAACAUUUAGCAAACCAUUUUUUUUACAUACUUUGCAAACCUGUUGGUUCAAACAUAUUAAAAAGAUACUUCCAAAUUAUGAAACCAGUAGCUUUUUAUGUGUGCAAAUCUUUGUCUACCUUAUUUCUCUUGCAGGGCUGUGGCCUUCUAGGCAUUUAUGGCUGUGCACUUCUUCAUGAAGCUGGAUUUAACAAAGUAUUCUGCUCUGACAUCAACCCUGAGAGACUGGCAAUGGUGAGCAAGUUUGGAGGUAUUCCCCUUGUUGCAGGUAAUUAACCAGGAAGUUGAGCACUUUUUGUACAAUCCUUAUUAGGAGCCUUAAUGUUCUACUGAUAUUGACAAAAUUUACCUGGAUUUCAUCAAGCACCCCUGUGACCAUCCAUCCCUAACCAAUGGUCAUUUCAGUGACUCUCGGGGCUUGAUCCAUUCCAAGUUUUGUUGUUACAAAUUUUUUCUUACACAUUCUGGUCACUCAUCCAAAGCUUGUUACAAAAUAAGCUGCUUGCAGGGUCUUAAGAGUUUCUAAAUUUCCACACCAGAUUUUCAUGCACAGCACUGGUUUAAGCAAAUACAACAAUAAGGCUUAAGACAGUCUUGGAUUCAGACUGGAUUCCAGUCUUUGUUAGUGGAACUUGAAUUCUGGACUCCAAUCGUUAGUUGGAUUCCGGAUUCCUUGAGCUGUAUUCCGGAUUCCAAAGCCCAGGAUUCCAUAUUCCACCAGCACAAUUUUCCAGAAUUUGGGAUUUUAGAAGCAAACAUUGCACGGAUUCUGGAAUCCAGAUUCCCUUAUGUGGGGUGAAUUGUAACAUCAGAUAAUUUGUAUUACUGAACAAUAUUCUGGACCCAACCUUGUUCUCCCACCCCCCACCCCCAUUUUCUAAGGGAAAGCCCGGGAACUGAGGUUACUCUAAACCCUUAUAAUUAUAUGUUUUAGGCCAGCAGGAUCCCAGCAGUCCAAAGGACAAUUCUGUUGAUGCAGUAAUAGAGGUAAAUGGGGAUUUUAAUAUUAUUCAGCUAUGAGAAGCUGUGUAUUACUUGACUAAUAACGUCUUUUGUCAGGGAACCUUGAGUUUAGCCCUUCAGAACCUAAGACCCCUCAACAAACAGUCUAUAUAUUUUAUUGACAAGAGAUACAUAUUGCAACGGAGAAAGCUGAAAAUCAAAUACUUACCCUGUAAGAAAUUGCUUGUCUCAUUCUUUGAAAAUGUUGGAGUGGUAAACAAGAAGUCAUGUUUGAGCGAUUCUAGUUAGUGUAUCAGCCUUCUUCAAAGUAAUCAAUAUUAUUUUGCUUGGACAUUAAUUAAAAACAGCUACUACACUUUGUUUCAAUUUUUUGCUCAUUAUGUCAGACACAAGUCAGACAGUAAGCAGUAUUCAUUUUAUAUACCACAUGCUGCCAGUAUCAUUCUCCACUAACAUAACCAUAAAUGAUGUGAAAGACGCAUGCUCUCAAAUAAACGCGUCUUGUUUAAUAAACGCCCCCACUAUAAUGUUAACAUUGUUUAGGUGCCCCUCUCUAAUAAACACCCCCUGUCUAAUAGACGCCCUCAUGACAAUUACUCCAAAAUACUAGGAAUUAGCAAAAAGGAACAAAAUCAUUGUAUCUUGUUUAAUGUCAACUGAGUUCAAAGUAAUGAUAGACUAACGAUGACAACAUAGUGAUCCUGAGUGAGGAUUCUGACAUCGAUGUUGAGAUUUGAAAGAGCGAUGGAUCUCUAGACGGCCAACCUCGUCGUCCCCAGGGCGCUUUUGGAGGUGGGGCGCCCCACCUCCAAAGCCAGGGAAAAGGGCCGUGGGGACGAGGUUGCUAGACGGCCUAGAUGUAUCAACUAUGAUGGACUGGAUAUUCUGCUACUCCGAAAGCAUAUUAGUUUUUUUGAGCUUGAGCUACUUUAUUUAUUUAAAAAUAAAUAUGCAAUAAGCGCCCCGGGCGUCUAUUAGAUCAUUUACGGUAUUCAUCUAUUUUCUGGUCUGUACUGUACAGGUUUGUGGUAUCCGUAGUGUGAUACCGGAAGGAAUAAAACUUCUUAGGCCAGGCGGGGUUUAUGUGUUAGUUGGAAUGGUUCAUCCAGAUUCCAAGAUGGAUGUCACUGCCGAGCAAAUAAUAAGAAAGUGCAUCACCAUCAAAGGUUUACCACGCUUUUUUUUUCUUUGUUUGUCUUUGAGUUUUUCUAUUUUAUAAAUACAGUCAAACUCCGUUAAUACAGACACUGAGGGGGGCAUAGAAACGGGGUGUCCGUAUUAAGCGGGUUGAAUUUAGAGAAAAUGUAAUGGCUUUCUUUCGCCAGCGACAAAUCAAAGUGUCCGUGAUAAUGAAGUGUCCUUACUAAGCGGGUGUCUGUAAAGCGGGUUUGGCUGCACAGCUGGACCUCCCGUAAGCACCUCCCGAAAUACCAAGAUUUAGCUUGGGAAAACAGCCCACAUUUUGCGACACAGUCAUCGGCUUCCCCGCGGCGAAACUAUUGGUGGCGUUCCAAAAUGUCGGCUGUUUCCUCAAGCUUGAUGACCUUGAUGGUCCCUUAUGGGAGGUGAUCGCUUGUCAGGACUUAUCCUGUGAGCAAGCUCCCCGGGGCGGUCUGACGGUGGGGCGAAGAAGGAGGGGCCCGGAGAGCUUACUCGUAGGUAGACCUCUCAUAAGUUAUUAAAAGUGUGCGAAACGAGCUUUAAUGCAUGAGGUCGCUGCUCGACCGAGCGAGCGACGAACUCUCGAGGUCAUAACUAACCAGGAAAAAAGAAUAAAGGACUUUUAGAAAGUCGAAUUCGUCGGCUGUUCAGUAGACUUCGAGUAGUUCCCCAUUUUUCCUCAGGGAUAGUAGAUUUCUCUCUCUCCCCGCCGCGCGUCGCCUUUUCUUGCGUGGGGUGAUUUUCACGCGCGCUCGCCUUUCGCUCGCUCUACUAUCCCUGAGGGAAAAUGGGGGACUACACGUGGUCUAGCUGAUCAGAACUGAAUGAUCAGUGGGACUGAUAGCUGGGAAUUGUUGCUAUGUGCAUACUAGCUUGUGAGAGGUGAUCGCACUUGAAGGUUCGCGUUUUAAACCUUUUUCAAUCGUUUUGUUUUUAGGAAUUCAUAACUAUGGACCUCAGCAUCUGGACGACGCCGUCGCCUUUUUGUCCAGAACGUGCAGCAAAUAUCCUUAUAAAGAACUUAUCAGUCCUCCCUAUAAACUGGCCGAUUUUUUUACAGCCUUACAAGUAUCUCAGAAACAAACAUAUUACAGAGUUUGUGUGGAGCCUUGAGGCUCAAAGAACUGGUGGAUCGUUACGGAAACACUUCGCGUAACUGCGCGCGGAAAAUUAAUGAAUUUGAAUUGAAAGAAGUACUAGCUAGAGGCAGAUAGGGAGACAAUUUACGGAUGUAGUCUGCAGAAGUUAGCCUGAAUUUCAGACAUAUCUUCAACGGGAGUAUGCGACUCGUAGGAAUGUCUAAAAUUCAGCCUAGAAGAUAAUUGGCUAAGAAAGCAGCGCGUGGUUUUAUUUCAACCAAUCACAAAGCCUGAUCCAGACCCAAAGCAAACGCGAAGGUAUUAACCCGGCAGACUUAGCGUUCUUUUGGUUUUGUCGGCGUUGCUGCGCGAGCGAAUUUUUUCAAAUUAUUUAUAUGAUCUCGCAUUACGGCGAAGUAAGACUAGAGAAUCACUCACUUUUUCAUUUUGAAUAGAAAUGUACAUGUACUUAAUUUGCCAUUGCGAAUUGAUAGUCAAAGUAAUUUCAACAAUCUUUCCUUUUUGAAACUAUCAAAAGAUGCUAGAUACCAUUAAAGAGGG